AUGAAGUUGCUUUUGAUCUGUGUGCUCCUGGGAGCUUCUGCUGCUUUUGAUGAUGACAAGAUUGUUGGAGGUAGCACCUGCAGAAAGAACUCGGUUCCAUAUCAGGUGUCUCUGAAUGCCGGUUACCAUUUCUGUGGUGGGUCCCUGAUUACCAGCCAGUGGGUUGUGUCUGCUGCUCACUGCUUCAAGACACGAGUUGAAGUCAGACUGGGAGAACAUGAUAUCUUUGUGAGUGAAGGCACUGAGCAGUUCAUCAACUCUGCCAAGGUCAUCAGACAUUCUGGAUACAACUCCAGGACCCUGGACAAUGACAUCAUGCUCAUCAAGCUCGCCUCUCCUGCUACUCUCAACUCCUAUGUGAACACUGUGGCUCUUCCCUCUGGAUGUGCCGCCGCUGGCACCAGCUGUCUGAUCUCUGGCUGGGGAAAUACACUCAGCAGUGGCACCAACUACCCAGAUCUCCUGCAGUGUCUGAAUGCCCCUAUACUGACCCAUGCACAGUGCAGCAAUGCUUACCCAGGGAUGAUCACUGACAACAUGAUCUGUGUUGGCUUCCUGGAAGGUGGCAAAGACUCCUGUCAGGGUGACUCUGGUGGACCUGUCGCUUGCAAAGGGGAACUGCAGGGUAUUGUCUCCUGGGGCUAUGGCUGUGCACUGAAGGACUUACCUGGUGUCUACACCAAAGUCUGCAACUACGUCUCCUGGAUCCAGAACACCAUCGCUGCCAACUAA